GCGUAGCAACCCGUAUUCACGAACCCUUUACGCGCCAUGCCUGUUGCGCUCGUUUCCCAGCAUGCAUUGCAAUUGUUAUAGCCAUCUUGUCGGGAGGUGAAAUUUUUAGAUUUUCUUUUUCCGUCUGCCAGUUAGUUAGCCAUAAACUUUAAUCUUUAACAAUUUUUAAAUAGUUCUAUAACGUAUAGCAAUCUCUUUAAUCGCCGAGCGUGGUGACAUACCAGACCGCGUCCGAAAGCGCUUCACAGGAUGUGUUUCAUACUUAUUUGUAGGUAGAGAAGUGAGAGGCAGCAGGGGGAGUGAACGCAGCCGAAUCUACGACUGCGGGCCUUAAACACACCGCACCGCCUGUUUUUGCCCCAACCGAGCUCUGUUGACCAGCACAUGAGGAUACGUUACUAAUCGACAAGUCGUUUUUGUACGCGGCUCGUGGACAGUUGUUUUUGUCCGCUGCUGACGCCUCGAAAAUGCAACAGGAGAGAAGAGGAAGACGGGUGACGUACAAUCAUCAGGCGAAACUGUGAAAUUUGGGUCCGGUACCUUACUAAUCUGCUGUUUUGUGAAGUAUACGGAUAGUUCAACAAGUCUUUACGGAGUCGUAAACGGCUCGCAAGCAUGUCUAAAAUGCCGGCGAAAAAGAAGAGUUGUUUUCAGAUCACGAGUGUGACUCAGGCUCAAGUCGCGGCCAACAGCGCAACCGACGACACCGAGAGCCUGGACGACCCGGAUGAGUCCCGGACUGAGGAGUUGUCUUCCGAGAUAUUUGACAUGUCCAGGACUGACUAUGAGACCGAGGUGUCUGCCAGGAGCUCAUCUGAGGAGACCCUAAACAAUGGGAGCGAGCAAGAGGGACACUUGCCCGCUGUUGCCCCGCUUAACGGAGGGUUUGUUCUGCGUAAGAGCGCAGGAAGCGUUCAGACAUCCGGUGCUCAACAGGCUGGCACAGCGAGUACGACUCAACCGGCACAAGUCACAAAUUCAUCCAGCGCGACUACUAUAGCCAGCUGCACCUCACGCUUCAGGGUCAUUAAACUUGACCAUGGCACCGGAGAGCCGUUCAGGAGGGGUCGGUGGACCUGCACCGAGUAUUACGAAAAAGAUUCGGAAGGCUCUGUGAUAAACAGGACUGUGGAUAGUAUAAGGCAUACGAAUGUGACGGAGCCUGGAGCUGAUAGAGACAGUGGACUCGGCACUACGGUUGGCUCCGUCAUGGCUCAGGUGGGAGUGUCUGGUCAGGGGCCUGAAGCAAACUAUGAUGGCUCGCAUUUAACAAGUCCACAGUAUCCGGUUGAACCUCAGCAGCCACAUAGUUUCACCGUUGGCCCCCAGCAAAUUUUGUCAGGGUCUCCAGAGUCCUUUAGUAAUAAGUCAGUGCCUGUGCCUGUUCAACAGCAGGUGCAGGGCAGCCCUCACGUGGCUGUCCCUCAGAGUCUUCAGCCCCCUGUUCAUGAUGGCUCUCACAUUCAGAAAUCUCCCAGCAUGCCUCCGCCUCAAGUGCACUCGCUGCUUUAUCAACCCCAGCAGCAGCAACCCCAACUACCCAUAGGACAUCACCUGCAAACCCAGCCUGCUUUGAUAUCCACCAGCCAGCCUGACUAUGGUCAGCAGCACAUACCCGUUUCAAUCACUCAGACCCAUCCCGGAGCCGGCCUUUCUGUUGGGCACGUUGUCAACCAGGGGCCAUCGCCUGUCCAAACCCCAGGCAAUGGAGGAAUGCAGGUUUUGGGGGUAGAAAUGACAGGUGUUCCAUUAGGGAGCCAGUCAGUGUCAUCUGUGCCAAACAUGGUGCAGCUUCCUGGCGUGGGACUGAUGAGCAACAUCGCACCCAUGGCACCCGGACCCUCAAUUCAGCAGCAACCAAUGGGGCAAUACCAAGCCCAGGGAGUAAUGCAUGGCUUGCCUACAGCCCCUCAAAGUACCCAGAAUGUGCCCACGAUACCAUUGACAGUACCGGUAACAAGUGUACCCACUGCUGUGCCAGGAAGCGCUCCUGCUGGGGUAACGAUACCCAACCUUAAUACCUCUGUGCACAACCAGGUGCCUCGCAAUGGAACAGCGGUGGGCAUGAGCACCCCAGGGAUGCCCAGCAGCAGCUUCAGUCACGUAGGUGAGGGCCGGAGGUUGUCUGAUGCUUCUGCACAGAUUCCUGCUGUUCAGAGUAAAGACAUGGUGAAGCAGUCAAUCACAGAAAGCCUGCAGCUGCCCAACCCAGCUGUAAACAAUCUUUUUGGGAUACAAAUUUCCAUUGAUGGGGAUGAUGACAGGAAUCCAUCCACAGCUUUCUUUCAAGCCUUCCAGUCUGGCAGUAGGCUGAAGGAUUCAAAGAUGACCUGUGAUAGUGCCUCUGGGGGGAGUAUGGUCGCCAUUGACAACAAAAUAGAGCAAGCAAUGGAUUUAGUAAAAAGCCAUUUGAUGUACGCUGUGCGGGAGGAGGUGGAGGUGUUGAAGGAGCAGAUAAAGGAGCUCUAUGAGAGAAACUCUGUGCUGGAGCGAGAGAACCUCGUGCUCAAAUCUUUAGCCAACAACGAGCAACUUUCCCAGCUCUCCGUCCCGACAACCUCCAACCCCACCAACGCUCCCUCCCAGCUUGGGUCAAACCCGGCCCAGGCUCCACCUUCCCUGUCCCAACCUCAGCCUUACCUUCAGCUGGAUGUCAACAAUUCAAUGGAGUCCCUACCGCUACAGCCGCAACCCAACGUUACCUCUGCUUGAAGCGCACCCUUAUUCUUCUUCAGCAAAUCCUUAUAUCAUUAUUAUUAUUAUUAUUACAACAGCAGAAGGUGUGUCUUGUUCACUACCUGCAGUGUGCUUCAGAAAGCGUGCAUGCUGUCGGCCAUCCUCGUGUCAGGACAGAUGACCGCGAGGAGGUGUUUCCUGCUCGGGCACAAUGCAAGCAUGCCUGCGGACCACGGUCUUGAUUUUGGUCCCGCAUGGUCCCGUCUCCCCGGACAAGGUGGAAAACGACCGAUCCAGAACGACAGAGUUAUUUUUUUAAUAAAGCGAAUCCAGCCAUGAAAGAGGUGUAUUUUUAGCAUCGCAGUUUUCAUGUUGUAAGAACAGAUAUAGUCUAUUUUCAGAGCCACCAAACUUCACAAGAUGAUUUUUGAUUCACCCGUCAAGUUGAAUUGUACUGUUUGUUAUUUAUUACAGGGCUGCUAUUUUCAGAAAGGAACAAUGUCACAGAAACUGAUGGGAUAGAGAGGAAGCUUUUCAAUAACUCAAUCUGACAAUAAUUGGUCAUAAAACGAAGCGGCAGUCUACAAUCUAAAUCAAUGCAAACAAACAACAAAGUAGCAGUGGUUAGACGUCAAACACUAAAAGCAAAGUUUCCCAGCAGUUUAAGAAUGUGAAGGGGUUAAGACCUGGUCUGAAUGUACAUUUUGUAUAAAUGUGUAAAGUAUAAAAAGAGCUUAAGUUUGUACAGGUUUGUGGGAAAAGAUCUUAACUGAAUCCUCAUUGAUCUACCCUGAUGAAGAAAACUUCAGUUCUGUUGCUAGUAUGUUGGGGGAAAAAAGAAGUCAGUUGCCAUAUUCUCCUACCCCCUACCCUGAUGUCUUAUGUUUUUGGGGUCGGGAAGGGGAUUUAAAAAGAAAAAAACUGUGAAAUUGUUCAACCUACUUUGUAACCAAAGAUGCAAAGCUGUGUAAUUCAUUUUUUGUUAUGCACACUCUUAUGUACUUUUUUUUUUAAAUGUUCUUCACAACAAAACUCUUUUUGUUGCUUUUAGGCAUGUUCUGCAUGAUCUGUCAUCUGUAAAUGUCAAACCACUUUCUUACCUCAUAUUUGUAUUGGGCACUCAUAUUGUAAGUAGUCUGUGAACAGCGUCAGUGGGGUCUGGAGAUAUGGAAAUGAUGGUAAGGAGAAAAAAACAAACUAGUGUACAAGAUGCACUAGCCACAGAAAAUGAAGUGAGCCAUGUUUUGUUCAUUUAAAAAUGGUGUUUGAAUUUCAUAUGCCAAUAGUUUUGUUACAUUGAAAAUUUUUAAUGUAUUUAAAUAAAUGCAAUAUUCAAAUUA